UCGGCCAAAGCAAAAAGCAGGGGAGGUGGGGAGAGAGGAGGGCCUCCUCUUCUUCUUCCUCCUCCACUUUUGUUGGGUUUCCACAUCUUUUUUACUAGAGAGGGCAAUGCCCACCACCCUCCUCUUACCUGUUCAAACCCUCCAUUUUUGGUCAUCACCACAUUCCUCCCCACUCACCCCCAUCCCCUGCCCAUUUGCCAUCAGUGCUUGAGAUGCAGAGACAGAGGAGGAUGGUGGUCGUUCACGCCAUGAAACCCAUGUUCUAGACCUGUAAAUUGUUGGACUGCAUCUUGAGCCUAUAGACCUAGAGAAGGGAGAGAGAGAGACUGUGUGUCAAGAUGUUGCAGAGGGCGGCGAGCAACGCUUAUUCAUGGUGGUGGGCAAGUCAUAUCAGGACCAAGCAAUCCAAUUGGCUGGAACAGAACCUUCAAGACAUGGAGGUGAAGGUGCAGUCUGUGCUAAAACUCAUUGAAGAGGAUGGAGAUUCCUUCGCCAAACGCGCAGAGAUGUAUUACAAAAAGAGGCCAGAGUUAAUCCACUUCGUUGAAGAGUUUUACAGAAAUUACAGGUCAUUAGCAGAACGAUAUGAUCACAUCUCUGGCGAAUUGCACAAUGCCCGCAGUACCAUUGCUACUGCCUUUCCAGAGCAAGUCCCUUUCGCGAUUCCUCACGAGGAGUCUUCCAAAGAGAAAGGCACCCUUUCGACUGCUCGUGGUGAAUCGAGCGAUGGUUUGUCCAAAAAACCACCACCACCACCACCACCAUCAUUAGCUAAAAGGUUGGACCCAAAUAAUUUGAAGAGCAAAAUGAGCAAUUCGACAAAUUCAGAUCCAGCAGUUGAUAAAGCAGUUGCCCAGAAAGAGAUUGAUAAGCUUCAGAAGGAGGCGCUGAUGUUGCAGGUAGAAAAAGAGUUAGUCAAGAGCUCAUACGAGGCUGGCCUAGCAAAAUACUGGGAUUUGGAAGGCCAAAUUUUGGAGGUGCAAGCCACGCUGUGCCUUCUACAAGAAGAAUAUGGGCUUGGGAGUAGCAUAGAGGUUGAAAAAGAGCAAGCCUUAAUGGCUGUUACAGCUCUGAGAUCCUGCGAGCAAAUGCUUGGAAAUUUGCAGGAAGAGCAGCAGAAAUCAUUACUAGAAGUGCAGACUGAAUCUGAAAGAAUAAAGAUAAUGGAAGAGAGUUUGAAGCUGUUGAAGGAUGAUUUCAUUAAACGCCAUCCAGAGAUCUGUCAACUUGACGAUGAGGAUCCAAAAAUAGUUGCACAUCCAACCAUGAAAACAAUGGAAGAGGAACUUUGCAAUCUUAAGAAAGAGAAGGCUGAUUAUCAAGUUGCUUGCCAGAAAAUAGUGAAACAUUUGGAGGUAGAUGACAAUGAUCUGAGUGUUCCUGAGGUGAGUCAACUAAUUGAUGAGCUUGCAAGCAAAGUUGUCACUCUGGAAGCAGAGGUUUCAUCCCAGAAUGCACAGAUUUCAAGACUUAAAUCAGAAACAGAUCAGCUGCAAGAGCACUUGCAGGGCCUGCAAGAAGACAAGACGUCACUUAUGGAUGACUCCAAGGCCAUGAUCAACAGAAUAAAAGGCCUUGAAGAAGAGUUGCAGGAGGUUCAAUGUCUCAAUCUUCACAUUGAGGAACAGAAAGCGCAGCUUGAGGCCAACCUUACAGAAGUACGCUGCAAGCUUGGUGAUCUUACAGAGAAAAUGAAAGUCCAGCUGCAUCAGAACGAAGGUGAAAACAUUGAUCUAUUUGAAUCAGGAAGUGGAAAGCCUGCUGUCGAACUCCAAGAGGAAGAACAUGCAAAUGGAAACCCAGCCACGGAGUGUCAAGUGACAAGAGAUGCCAAUAAUGCGCAGGAAAGAGAAGUCAGAAAAGAAAGCAAUUCCAGAGGUAAAUUGCAGGAGGUACCUGAAGAACCUCAUUCCGUAUUUCACGCAGAAGCCAAGUCAAUUGAAGAUAGCAAGCAAAUCCUAAGCACUGAACACCAAGAAGAAAAUGGUGUUAUAAAUAGAAUACAAGAUGAACAAAGCAAUAACAAUGGUGGACUACAAGAUGCAGUUGAGGAAUCUAGUUCUGAACUUGACACGGAAGCUAUCCUGAGCCAAGAGUUCAAGGAAAUUGGAACCACAGCAAGUGAAGAGGAGAAAGAUGUGAAAAAUAGAAUUGAAACUGAUCAAAGCAAUACCAGGAAUACAUCGCAUGAUGUGGUUGAAGAACCUGGUUCUGGAUUUGAUGCAGAAAGCAAAUUGAAUAAAGAUUCCAAGGAAGUUCCAACCACAGAAAGUCAUAAUGGGAAAGUUGUCAAGAAUGGAACUGAAAUCGAAGAAAGGGAUAUCAAGGACGGGCUGCAAAAGGUCGUUGAAGUAUCCGGCUCUGAAUUUGGUGCGGAAGCUAAAUCCACGCAAGAAACCUCUCCCGAAUUUGAUACUGAAGUUGAAAACAAAGGGGAACCUGAAACAGAUAUCGAAAAUGCUAGUACUUGUAGUGAAUUACAGAAGUUCAGCCUGGAAUUAGUUGACACAGAAACUUGGCAAAGAUUUUUAGAGGGGAUGGAAGACAGAGAAAAGACACUGCUGACAGAGUAUACAACAGUUCUUCGAAAUCACAAAGAAACAAAGAGAAAACUUGGUGAACUGGAGAAGCAAAAGCAAGACGUUGUCGCUGAAAAAAUGGCAAAGAUCAGACUAUUGGAGAUUGAAACUGCUCAAAAAGACGAUGAAAUCCAGUCACUAAAGCAUAAGCUCAGCGCUCUGCAACUGGGCUCUGAACGUCCUGAGACCAAAUUUGUCCAAGGCGAUGAUUCCCUGGAGGGCACCGUCAACAGUUCGAAAGAUUCAAAUGUAGUGCCGAAUAUUGAUGAUUUGGAUCAUCGAAGUGUGGAAUACGCUGGAGACCAAAGCAAUGGAAAUGGUGGAUUGGAGCAAUCGUCUCCAACAGAAAAAGAGAUCAACAUUGUGUUCAGUGAAAACAGUGGACCUCCUUCCGUCAUGGAAGAGAAAUUCAGGAGAGAUAUUGAUGGCUUACUGGAAGAGAAUCUAGAAUUCUGGCUGAGAUUCAGUACCUCCUUCCAUCAGAUACAGAAAUUUCAGACAGCAAUCCAAGAAUCACAAGUGGAGUUGUUGAAGUUGAAAAAGGAAAAGAAUAAAGAAGAGGGCGGUAACCACUCCGCAAGCUCCACCUCUAGCCCCAGUAAUAACCAGAGCACGAGGUCUAGCGUGGAGGCAAUCCAGAAGCAGUUGACAGAGUUGCAGGGCGAGCUGUUGAUGUGGAUAGAACAGAAUGCUUUGCUCAAGGAUGAACUGAAGCAUCGUUUCUCGUCUCUCUGCAACAUACAAGAAGAACUGUCUCAGGUCUCCAAGAAGAACCCCAAGAUCGGAGUUGACCUGACAAAAUAUCAGGCAGCAAAAUUUCAAGGUGAAGUUCUGAACAUGCAGCAAGAAAAUAACAAGGUCGCAGAUGAACUGCAAGCUGGUCUGGAUCAUGUAAGAGGCCUCCAGCUAGAACUCGAGAAAACAAUGCUGAAAUUGAAAGAGAACUUCGGAUUGUCAGAAAGCAAACACCACCACCAUCACCACUAUCAUGUUAAUUAUGUGAGAAACACAUUGGGCCGAAGAAGGAUUCCUCUGCGGUCGUUCAUCUUUGGCAGCAAGCCAAAAAAAGCAUCUCUGUUCUCUUGUGUCAGCCCUGCAUUACAGAAACAAUAUAGUGACUUGCGAGCAGGAAUGUAGUCCUCCACUUGGUAGGUAGUAGUUUGUGGUGCUUUUCUCUUUCGGAAUUUGGAGUGAAACCAUGGUGAUCUCUCUCUCUCUCUCUCUCUCCCUCCCUCCCUCUCUUAGUGAUGCAGCAGCUUGAGUUUUCUCAGCCUGUAGAGUUGCAGAGUUGCUGUAUGGCUUGGCAGUUUGGACUGGAGAAAAAGGGAAGGCGUGUGUGAUAUUGAUGGCUGGAAGAAUGUAAAGCGGUUUGGAUUCCGAUUAUCUAAUAUACAAUGGAA